CGCUGCUGCUUAUCCGGGGAUGUCACACCGCUGCUAUUUUCUCCCCUCAGUCCCUCUCACUCUCAGCUUACAGCUCAAGCGCACUGACACGGGGCUUUGGAUAGAAAGAAAAGGACAAUACGAUACACAACCGGGGCGAACAUGGCAGAGCUCGCAGCGGGAAGCCUGCCGUCAGGAGAUCCUGCUUUUAACUACCAGGAACACGAGCUGAACGAGCGGUUGAAGCGCCUCUACCCGGCUGUGAACGAGGAAGAGACCCCGUUGCCCCGAUCCUGGAGCCCCAAGGAUAAAUACAGCUACAUUGGGCUGUCACAGAACAACCUGCGGGUCCAUUACAAAGGCCAUGGUAAGAACCACAAGGACGCGGCGUCUGUGCGAGCCACACACCCGAUCCCUGCUGCCUGCGGGAUCUACUACUUUGAGGUCAAGAUUGUAAGCAAAGGUCGAGACGGGUACAUGGGCAUCGGCCUGUCUGCUCAGGGAGUCAACAUGAACAGGCUGCCUGGAUGGGACAAGCACUCGUACGGCUACCACGGAGACGACGGCCACUCCUUCUGCUCCUCCGGGACCGGCCAGCCGUACGGCCCGACCUUCACCACGGGGGACGUGAUCGGCUGCUGCGUUAACCUCAUCAACAACACUUGCUUUUACACCAAAAACGGCAUCAGUUUAGGUGUAGCAUUUACAGACCUCCCUCCCAACUUGUACCCCACCGUGGGGCUGCAAACUCCGGGAGAGAUCGUAGACGCCAACUUUGGCCAGCAGCCGUUUGUCUUCGACAUCGAGGACUACAUGAGCGAAUGGCGAGCAAAGAUCCACGGCAUGAUCGCCCGCUUCCCCAUCGGAGAGCGGCUGGGCGAGUGGCAGGCUGUCCUGCAGAAUAUGGUGUCUAGCUACCUGGUGCAUCAUGGGUACUGUGCCACCGCUACAGCCUUCGCCAGAGCCACAGAGACUCUGAUACAAGAGGACCAGACGUCCAUAAAGAACAGACAAAGAAUACAGAAGCUGGUGCUGGCAGGACGGGUGGGCGAAGCCAUAGAGGCCACUCAGCAGCUUUACCCCACCCUCUUAGAACACAACCCCAACCUACUCUUCAUGUUGAAGUGUCGUCAGUUCGUGGAGAUGGUGAACGGCACAGACAGCGAGGUCUGCUGCUUGAGCAUUCGCUCCCCCAAGUCACAGGACAGUUACCCGGGCUCCCCCAGCCUCACCCCCCGCCACGCAGCCGGCAACACGCACCUGCACGCCGCAGGAGCCGACAGCCCGACCUGCAGCAACGGCGUGACCCCCCCCUCCAAGUCAAAGAGCCACGGCUCCACCGGCGGCGUCAAAUACGCCAGCGUGUCGUCCUCCUCCGCCUCUGCCUCCUCCUCCACCUCCUCCUCCCCGUCCUCCGUCAACUACUCAGAGUCCAACUCCUCCGACUCCACGAAGAGCCAACCACACAGCGCCAACAGCACCCAGGAAACCAGCGACAGUGAGAUGGAGGUUGAAGCAGAGCACUAUACCAAUGGCGUCGUCGAGGGCUCCUCGGCGCGAAUCAUGAACGGCACGUACAAACACGAAGAAAUCCUUCAACCUGAUGACAACAGCAUUGGCAACGGGGUCACAGAUGAGAGUUGCAGUAAUGGCAGACAGCUGUGUGGAGGGAACCAGGCAGCCACAGAGAGGAUGAUCCAGUUUGGACGGGAGCUGCAGAUGCUCAAUGAACAGCUGUGCCGCGAGUACGGCAAGAACGCCACGCACAAGAAGAUGUUACAGGAUGCAUUCAGCCUGCUGGCGUACUCGGACCCGUGGAACUGCCCCGUUGGCCAGCAGCUAGACCCGACCCAGAGAGAAUCCCUCUGCUCCGCACUCAACAGCGCCAUACUGGAGUCCCAAAAUCUGCCCAAGCAGCCUCCGCUGAUGUUAGCGCUCGGCCAGGCCACUGAGUGUGUUCAGCUCAUGGCCCGGGUCCGGUCCGGCUCCUGCUCCUUCGCCAGAGUAGACAACUUUUUGCACUAGCCCAGGUCCAGGUUAAUGUUAAGUGGCACCGAGAGAAGACAUGUCCAGCAGAUAGUUGUCAUGGCGACAGAGGAAAGAGCAUGCGUGUGAUUGGUGUGUUUGGCUGUCCAUCAGACCGAACAAGUGGCACAGCCAGAGGAGGAGAGCAGCAGAGAAGAGGGCUUCCUUUUUAAUUUAGUAUUAUCAAACAAAGAAAUGUGUGACACUAUUUAAGAUCAUUUAUUAUUAUUCUGUUUAUCUAGUCAUUUUUAUAGUUCUUUAUUUUUUUGUCAGUUUGUUACAAACAAAUUGUGAACGCCCUUUUUAUUUUCUCUUCUAUUUUUACAUGGAUGGAUUUUAAUUUCCUGCGAUCAGUAUUUUACUCGCGUUGAUGUUCACCAUAUCACCGGCAUCAAUACCAUCACCAAGCUACCACCGUGACCCACAAGACUGUAGGUCAGCUUUGCAAACCCCCGAGACAUAUUAACAUCGUCUUAGAUAAGAUGCAAACGACAAAGAUUUGUUUAUCCUCCUAAAGUACUCAGUGCAUUCGUGUCUUGAAAUAAAUUGAACCGGGCCGAGCAAACUGGCUCAGCAUGAACAAAAAAACACCAUUAGUGGUUUGGAGCAGAUCAGGAGGUCCAGUCAAGCCUGAUUCCGUACAAUAAUGAACACUGCUGCUGAUAUUAAACUAAUGAAUGGAUUUAUGUGAGAGAAAAAAAUAAAUCCACAUACUGCUUUUCUAUUGGUCACAGUAAAAAAACAUCUUUGUAAGAAAACAUAAUUGAAGGGCCUCUGUAGUAACCAGGGGUUGAUGGAUGAAGAAACCGUUUACCCCUAAAGUCUAAAUGAUAUACUUUUCUUCUUACCGACAGUGCUGUUAGUUAAUCUGGUUUUAGUUGCUGAGUGUUUGAUAUAUCGGCCUUCAUGAUCUUGUGGUUUCGCAUAAAUAGAAUGGGACUUGAUGACACUUUCUUUUUUUCAGCCAAAACUAUACCCCCCAAACGCAAGUUUUUUUUUUUUUAGACCAGUGCUGUAUAGUCCCAUUAUAGGGGGGAGAAUGUGGACAUCUCUACUGCAACUAUCUCCAAUCCUCAGCAACUAACACCAAAACAACCUAGACUAAUAAAUAGCCUGACAGGUAAUGUGAAACAUAUGUGUCUCUGAUGUGGGGGGAGAAUUUUCCCUUUUUAAAUUGGAAAAUAAAGGUGCCGGAACCUUAGUUUUACUGUAACGACCGAUCCGCACCAGCUGCAUUUAGAACACCUGUUAUUUCGGUUGCCAGAGUAAAGAAAAUCUGUACCAAAGGCAGACUAACAAGCGCAGCUUGUGGACUGAAGUCGCUCCUGAGAAUUUCACUACCACAGUUUCCUUUUUUUUUUCUUUUUUUUUUUCAUUACCCACAGCCAGACUUGUCCUUUCCAUGGACAAUUAGAAUUUCAAAGAAACGAAUGGAAUUAUUUGACGAUGCGAAGCGUUUUUUAUUUUAUGGUGAGUGAUAAUUGGCUUAGUUUUUCUUUCACUUGUGGCGCUUGAUGUCAAACCCCUCUCAGGUUGUGAAAACCACCUGUGCGUAAUGGAAGAAGGUGUUGUUUAUUCCACUCAGAUCCCUCUUGUUUUUUAACAUCCAUAAACUUGACUUGAUUAUUGUGUAGCCCCACUUUGUAAGUUUGUCCAGGAGUGUCUUUCAGUAUGUCCAAAACAAAGAUGUAAAAACCCAAUUUUUCUAUUGACCCAGGUUCGCUGCUGACCACUAUGAGAUUUAACCACAUUGCUCCUGAUUUGGGGUCUGACCAAUGACAGAAAAACGUCCCAACUAUCACUACUAGGCCUUCGACAGCAUGAAAUCACAGCUACAGCCUCCUUUGUCAACCACUACUGGUUGUCAACCCCAAAUUGUCUGAUAUUAAAUGAAUAAAUAUGACUAUGAAAUAAAUAUAUGAAUAAAGCAAUGCAUUGUGAAGUAAUUAAAUUACAUAUGGUGGUCUAUUCAAAAGGCCCCCUUUCAAAUGUCUUCUCCCCCAGUGCCCCCUGUUCAACAACUGCUAUCAAAAUGUAGGCAGCUAGCUCCCAGUAGAGAAGUUACUCGCUAGCAGCUAACCAACCAGCUAGUUAGUCAUUUUGAAUCAACCAAUUAGCUGUUGCUGCUCAUAAACACAGUCAAUGGGAAGCGAGCUUUGUUUUGAUCUAGCUUAGCAAGACUUUAUCACAUAUGCUACCUACUAACCUAAUGCUAACCUAGCCAGCAGAGCAGCUAGGUUAGCUUACGGGGGUUAGGGAUUUUAUUGCGCAGCUCCAAAGCAAAGAGCGGGUGUUCGCGGCUAUCAUUAGUUAAUUCAGAGUUACUUAUUCACUUAUUGUUCCUCAGUGCGCAGAAACAUUUAAGAGGUCUUAGUUAGCAACAUCCCGUUGGGCUGAGUUGGGUUUUGGAAAAUGUAUUGAAUUUUUACAGUUUAUUGGCUCUUAUAUGUUCAUUAGAUUAUUUAGUUCAUUAUAUUGUGGUUAUUUAUUAAGUAUUUGAGUUUAAUAUUGAGUUAAUGAUUUUGACAUGACAACUUUCACAACUUUCUGUCUCUGUAUUUAAUCAGAGGAUUGUUCUUUGCAAAGAGUAAUCGCACUGUACUUCGCCCUAAUCGUAUAAUUUGGAUUUUGAUUACAAAGACUUUUGUUUUGUUCCAUCCCUUAACUUUCUGUGAAACAUUGUGAACAACUUUUGUUUUUACACCAGAUUUAUUUUCUACCAGAUAGCACUGAUUUACUGUUAUCGGACUCGUGGCCAGCUGUCACUUUCAGCUGCUUUGUUAUGACCUGGCAAAUAUCUGGUGCAGUCAACAUCAAGUGUAAAAUUCCGUUUAUAAGAUCGUGUCCUUCUGAUGUAGAGAAACAUGGAAUAAUAUGUGGGGGUUACUACAGGAUAUACGUAUGUUCACACUUACCAAGCUGGUUUUUAUGAAGACCCUCUGCUAUAAUAGGAACUAUUUUAUAAUAUCCACACACAUAGCACACAUUUGACAACAUCUGCUUAUUCAGCUGUGAAGGACUUCUGUUACACACACACACACACGCACACCUUUACAUGGACGAACAACCUCUGUUGCACACCUGUAGGGAACAAGCCUCCCAGCUGUCCUUUGUGUUUGAGUCUGGGCUGCGUCUCAGCACUGUUACCACGCACCCUUCCUCUCACCCCUGCAUAGACAUAACCACUGAUGUGAUCAGCGUUUGUUUUAAGGAAAGGAGGGAUUUGAGCGGCUUUCGGAAGUUGGCCCGGGGCCUCUUGAAGCCACAUGGACUUCCCCCGAGAGGCCGGAGAAAUGGAUCGAGGCAUCGCGGAUGAGCUGUGCACAAUUGACUUAUCAUUUUGAUUUCAUAUUUUGACUUUUGAGUUUUAGCAAAAAUUAAAAUUGUGAAUGAGUUACCCUCUACUUAGCAUGACUUUUAAAACGAUAUUUAAAAAAAGGAAAACAAAAAUGUAUUGGAAACAUGUUAAAGAAAUAUUGUAUUCUGUUUAAUUUUGACAGAAUUAUUUUUAUUAAAAUACAUCCAUAAGCAUA